AAUAGAAUAAACAAAAGAAAACGAAAAUCGGCAGAGGGGGAGAGAAACUCACAGAGAUCCUAAUUCUGCCACCUAAAACUCAUCCGACACCGCCCCACCCUCUCCCUCUCCGAUCAGAUCCGACCCGCCCAUUUUAAAUUUCUGCAUUUUGUUUUUCUCUUUUUUAAAUUUAAUUUAAUUAGGGUUUAUCCCCCCACCCCACCCAACCACCCAAAUUUGUAUAGAUAAACAAUAAUAAUUCUAAUUUGUGUAUAGAUAUACAUAUAUAAACUUCAGCCCAUCAAAAAUUCCGAUCCAAAACAAUAUUUUGUGAUUGAAUGGCAUCGGAUCAAAUAAUACCAAAUUCCACCAAGAAGCAACAACAAUUAGAAGCUGGCAAGAAAAAGCUAGAGGAGUUCCGUAAGAAGAGAGCCAAAAAAGCUGCAUCUAAUAAUUCUGCCCCUUCUGCUAAUGGAGAUGUUCGUGAGACGAAACCUACAGUUUCUGAUACUGCUCAGCUAACUGAUGGUAUAUCUGAUUCAGGUUCAGUAUCUCAUGUCGGAAAAACUGAACAGGAAACAAUAGAUGUUCAUGAAGUCGAACCCAAUGUGAAUCCUAUAAGCAGUUCUAGUAGACCUUCUUCAAGUCCAGUGCAGACGUAUUCAACUGAUUGGAAGUUGGACCAGAAUAUGCCUUCUUCUGGGGUGCAUCCCGAAAACAACAAAGCACUUCAUCUUCCAGAAGAUAAUAUACGUAGCAAUAUAAACCAUUUUAGUAAUAGAAGGCAGGAAGAUGCCCUUAAAAAUAAUAGUGAUGAUCAUUUAAAUAAUUAUAACUCUGCAAUACCUGUUAUCACUCAAGCCUCAGUUACUGAGUCUUCUCCCGAGAGAUCUCAUGGUUCUUCGUUCCCACACAACUUAAGUCACGCUGAGCAACAAGCUAAUGGCCCAACAUACAGAGAUUCUUCCUCUGAAGCCAGGAAAACAAUACAAGGUAUGCUGGAUAAUCGCUAUACCCCGGUGUUUUCAGCGGAUGAUUGGAACAAUAAGAACCUUGUUGAUCGCCCAGCCACUGAAAGCAGUUCAUCUGCAUGGUCACCUGAGUCUAUAUCUACAAGCUUCAGAUCUGAAGCGAUACCCACAUAUAAUAAGACAUCCACAUUACCCAGCUUAGCUGGAAGAAGAUCUCGUCCAUCUUUCUUGCAUUCUAUUCCCAUGUCUAGAAAUUCUUCAAAUUCUCUUUCAGAUGCGGAGACAGAUAAAGCUCACCCAUUCGGUUCAAAAGUUCAUCCUAUGGAUGCUCCUGUUUCAUCUAACGUUCAAAGUUUCAUGAACUCUUCUGUUGCUAAUGUCGGUGAUGACCUUUCUAGGCAGGGUAUGUAUGACUUUGAUAUGUCAAGGAGUAACAAUUUCAAUUCUACCAAACAGAAUGAAGAUUUUGCUGCUUUAGAACAGCAUAUUGAAGACUUGACACAAGAUAAGUUCUCUUUGCAAAGAGCUCUUGAGGCGUCUCGAGUUCUUGCGGAGUCUUUAGCCACCGAAAACUCAGCACUUACAGAUACUUACAACCAACAGGGAAGUAUUGUCAACCAAUUAAAGGCUGAUAUGGAGAUAUUGCAAAAUGAAAUUAAGACUCAGCUGGUGGAACUUGAGGCUGUAAGGACUGAGUAUGGGAAUGCACAGUUAGAAUGUAAUGCAGCUGAUGAACGUGCCAAGUUAUUGGCUUCUGAGGUUAUUGAAUUAGAAGAGAAGGCACUCAGACUGAGGUCUAAUGAGCUUAAACUACAGAGACAGUUGGAAAACUUGGAAGCUGAAAUGUCCUCACAGAAGAGAAGAAUAUCUAGCCUGGAGAAGGAUCUUCAAGAUCGGCAGUCUACAAUUGAAGCUCUACAAGAAGAGAAGAAGCUAAUGCAGUCCAAAUUGUUGAAAGCUCCUACAACUAGGAAUUUGGUUGAUCCAAAGAAGAGUCCAACCUCUAGAAAGGAAGCAUCAACUUCUACAGAUGAUCUUGUAGAUGAAAGUGAAGAUGCUUUACCUGGUACCACAAACUUUGCAACACAAGCUACUGUUGGUCAAAGUGAUGCCUCCAGUACCUCACUAAUUAGGAAUUUUGGUCUUGAAGUUUCCUCUUCUAGUAUACCUUCAGAUCAAAUGAGAACGAUUCAGAAUAUAAACACAUUAAUAUCUGAGUUAACAUUGGAAAAAGAGGAGUUGGUGCAAGCGUUGUCUACCGAAUCAUCUCUAAGUUCCAAGUUGAAGAGUUUGAACAAGGAAUUAUCCCAGAAACUUGAAGUUCAAACACAAAGAUUAGAGUUGUUGACUUCUCAGAGUAUGGCGAGCGAUAAUAAUUCUGCAAGAAAGUCUCCUCCUCGUACUAUGUUAGACAAUACUCCCUAUGCCGAUGAAGGUGAUGAGGUGGUGGAAAGAGUUCUUGGAUGGGUAAUGAAGCUCUUUCCUGGAGGGCCAUCGAGGCGGCAAACUAAGCAUCUUUAAGCACCGCAGCUCAAAAUGCUUGGUGUUCAGCAUGUCACAGUCCAUAUCUCUUUUCCCUUGGUGAUCACCAUUUGGAGGUGCAAUUUCAUCUCCGCGGUAAAUCUGGCAAAUACAGCGUUUCCAUGUUGUUUUGGAUGUGGGAAUACAAAGAGUAUACACUGCACUGAAGAUGCAAGUGUAAAAUCAAUGCUUUUAUAGCUUAUAUAAUCUUUUGUAAAAGAUCUUUUUUUCACAUAUAUGUUUUCUUUUUAUGAUUUACACAGGUAGUUUUGUUUGAAAUGUUUAUAUUGUAUUUUGGUGAGCAAGUUAUACAUAUUGAGUGGUCUUUAAGGCGGUCAUUGUUUUGUUAAAAAACUUGCCACAAAAUCUGUAUUGGAAUCUGGAAAAAGAAUAUCUUCAAUCAAAUGUACCUGGUAUUUGGAUUGUCGGUAA